UGCAGCCUCUUAUUUAUAUAUUUUCUACUCUGUGUUGAGCUGUCACACACACAGCCAGAUUUGCAUCCCCUUAUUCACACCCAUUUCGCCUCAAUUGCCCAGCUCCUAGUUGAUAGCACGCCUGUAGCUGAGCUUCGAGGCCAAGGUCCACUGGUUGCUGUAGACUCUUUCCAAUCGCGUCGCAACUCAAAUCUACUCCAAUAAGGCGCACCGCCUAUAAAUUUUCAGGUGGCAUUUUUUCAUUGUAUUCAAUAAAACCUUGGGCGCAAUCUUCAACUCGAGCAUAGCCGUCAUAAUGGCAUACAACGACGAUUCCGUGCUGGCGCGUCUGUCAGCCCUCAAUGAGAGCCAUGAUAGCAUUGCGACCGCAGCUCAAUGGAUCAUGUUUCAUAGACGACACGCAGAUCGAACGGUAGCCCUUUGGAUGCAACGACUCAAAGACUCCUCUAGUACGAAACGAUUAAGCUUGGUUUAUCUUGCCAAUGAGGUUGCCCAGCAGUCUAGGAUUCGCCACAAGGAGGACUUCAUCAUCGCAUUUUCUCCUGUGAUAGCAGAAGCCGCUGCAGUCGCCUACAAAGGAGCGCCAGCUGAAAUUCAAGGCAAAUUGAGACGAGUGAUUGACGUCUGGAAAGACAGGGCAAUUUUCGAGGCACCGAUUCAGGCAGCCAUCGAAUCGCGACUAAAUGAACUGGACAAAGCUCGCGGGUCUGUGAAGCCUGGUUUUGGAGGCUCCCCAUUUGGCGGCGGAUCAUCUGCGGCGGUGCCUUCAGAGUUCACUCCUCUUGUAUCAGCUCACCAGACGGUCACCAAGCUCAGCGUAUCGCUGAAGACGACUAUCGCCUCCGCAAAUCAAGAGUAUGAAAAGCAAGUUGAUGUUUCAGUGCCGGUUCCUUCAGCGCCGGUCUAUGCAGCUCGCCUGAAUGGCUUGCUCAAGACCCUUGCGAGUGCAGAGAGCGCAGUGGCUGAGUGCGUUAAGGCUCGAGAGAGCCUGAUCUCAGGGCUGGAGAAGAUGCUGGAUUCGAAUAGAGCGGCUCUGGAAAGCGAGAAGAAUACAGCUUUCGAAUUCUCAACCCGCAAACGAGAGAUUGAAGAUAAGAAGCAGCAGGUCGAGGUUGCCAUCAUGAGAGCACUUGGACCUGCGGAAAACAAUGGGUCUCACGCGGAAGGGGAAUCUGGCAGCCCACCGACCGAGCUUGAUCGCCCAGAAAUGGAAGCUCUGACGCCGCCUGGUAUGGACGAUGACUUUGACGACACUAUGCCGGAGGCGGUCGAGAAUACUGAAGACAGUAUGGAUGUGAAGUCUUCAGAGGACAUUUCAGCAACCGAGCCCUCCACCACAUUCACUCAGUCACUACCCAUAUCGACCAGCGGCUCUAAUAAAAGGCGACGAGUGGACGAUGGGGACGACUUUCCCGAUCUCGGAAACGAUGGCGAGAUAGAUCCUGAAGUGGCAGAAAUGUUGAAAGAAAACAGCGAUGUUUGAUUUAAAGAGAGGAUGCUGUUGCUUUUCUAUAAAUGGAGUAGGGUUAUCAAAACUGCGGUGGCGGAACAUCAUCUUCAGAUCUUACGAUGCGAUUUGAUCGAUUCACUUAUAGUAGCUUGUCGAAUAUCAGUACCAGCUAUGGCUUGGCUAUUGCGAAGUUGCCGAGCAAGACUUUUCAACAUGUCAAAGCCGGAUGCGGUUCAACCCCUUGGAGGAGCUCCUUGGGUACUGCCAUGUAGUUGGGUCCUGAGGCCUGCUCGGUCCUCGAUAUCAUGAACAGGUUAUAUAGUAUUUCUUGUGAUAGUGGCUAUAGGGGCUUGCAGCCAUAUAAAGAUCCAGCACUACCCUGCG